CCGUUCGUCGUUCGUCGCAUAGAAACAUCUUUUUGGUGUACAGUAGUUACGCUGCAAAGAUGACCGCACUACUACCUGCUUUGCUCUCCAAGUUCACCUUCACCAAUGCGGCUCUCGCCAUCGUCGCAUACAUCCUCUAUUCUAUCCUUUACCAGAUUGUCUACUACCGCUUCUUUCACCCUCUUUCCAAGUUCCCCGGCCCAUUCUGGGCCAGUGUGACGAGGUUAUGGGUUGCAUAUCACAACAUCAAAGAGGACGAGCGCUUUGUGGAAUACGACCUCCACAAGAAAUAUGGACCCAUCAUUCGAAUCACUCCCACGCUGCUGCUUGUCAGCUCUGCAACCGCGCUGCCCACCAUCUACCACCGACAAGCAGACAAGACGAAGCACUACAUCACGGGCAGUUUUGGAGAGACCGAGUCGUUGUUCAAUAUGCAGAGCUGGAAGACCCAUGCGCAUUUCCGGAAGUUAAUGGCUGGCCCAUACAGUUUUAGCAAUAUCAAGAAGAUGGAGCCUCUGAUAGAUGCAAGCAUUUCUGAGUGGAUCCGCAAACUGGACGAGGACUUCGCUAAGCCAAACCGAAGCUUUGACUUCUCGCCUUGGGCAGUUUUCAUGGCCUAUGAUAUCAUCUCUGAAGUUGGCUUUGGGGCUCCCUUUGGUUUUAUCAAGACAGGGACUGAUGUCGGUGGGCUCAUUCAAGGGUUCCACGACGGCCUCCCGGCGUUUGGACUGAUGGCUCGUUUGCACCCCUUUACUACAUGGGUAAAGACGACCUUUCUGAAUAAGUAUCUUGUUGCAAGCCCAGAGCAGGAUUCGGGAAUUGGGACGUUGAUGCGUUUCCGGGACAAGCUGCUGAAUCAGCGUGUGAAGGAUAUUGAAAAUGGAACGACGGGAGAUAGAAUUGACCUUCUGCAAACCAUGCUCGAUGCUCGCGAUGACGAUGGCAAGCCCCUUGACAUUGAGUAUGUCAAAGCCGAAGUCCUGCUUGUUCUCCUUGCCGGUGCCGACACGACGGGCACGGCCUUUCAGGCACUGGUGCACUAUGUGAUGAACGACGAGGCCGUCUACGCAAAGAUGAUGGCCGAGGUCGACGCCGCGACCCGCGCCGGCCGCCUCUCCGCCAUGCCGCAAUACAGUGAGGUGGUAGAACACUGCCCCUACUACAUUGCCUGCGUCAAAGAAAGCAUGCGUCUCUGCCCCUCGGCACCCAACAUCUUUCCACGCCUGUCACCCAAGGGCGGCCUUGUCAUCAAUGGCCAGUUUAUUCCGGAGGGUGCCGAGGUAACGUGCAACCCGUGGCUGGUUCAUCGGGACGAAGGGAUCUAUGGUACCGAUGCGAAUGAGUUUAGGCCGGAGCGGUGGAUGGAUGCUGAGAAGGCGAAGCUGUUUGAUAAGUACAGUAUGACGUUUGGGUACGGGGCGAGGACGUGCUUGGGCAAGGAUAUUGCGCUCAUGGAGUUGUAUAAGGGGCCUUUGCAGUUCUUCCGCAGUUUCCGCCCGGAGCUUUUGCGAGGGAAGAAGGAAGGGCAAUUUGUAGUCAAAGGAGGUGUUGGGUUCUGGAAAGACAUGUGGCUACAAAUUGGGAGGCGAGCGCUUUUGGUAUAAAACAGUUGUAAAUCAGGACGAGUGAGAUAGGAUUCUGAAGAUCGGACGCAGACGAGGUCUGAAUUCUUUCUUUCCAAGUCUUAAUCAAUAACCUCUGGGGUCCAUGCAGCC